UGCUUGCUUCUCUGCAUUCACGGAGGAAGGGAAAGGUCCUCCGUGCCUGCAUUGAUGCAGUAGGAAACUGGUGGGCGAAGGGGUGUUGGAGGCGAUGGAUUGUAUCCUUAAAUUUUUGCGCACAGGCUUACUAUAACUCUAGUCAAAACGUCAAAAACUAGGCACCUUAGAUCGAUCCUUCCUCAUCUCUAAUGGCACCUUUUAGUAGUAAGGCAGUGGCGAUUGCUGGCAUACUUAUGUGCAUCGUCCGAACUACCACUGAAGCCGUGACCACGGAAGAGAGAAUCCAACUGCGGAAACAAGUUAAAGAGAUGUUUUACCAUGCCUACCGGGCUUACAUGGAAAAUGCAUACCCAGCUGAUGAGCUCAUGCCUCUGAGCUGCAAAGGCCGAUACCGUGGAACGGAGGCCAAUCGAGGGGACAUAGAUGAUGCACUAGGAAAUUUUUCAUUAACCCUAGUGGACACCAUGGACACGUUAAUGCUUUUAGGUGACAUGGAGGAAUUUGAAAGGGCUGUUAAACUUGUUAUCCGGGAUGUCAACUUUGACAGUGACAUUGUUGUAUCUGUAUUUGAAACCAACAUCAGAAUGGUUGGGGGCCUCCUGAGUGGGCACAUCCUGGCUUCAUACCUGCAGGAACGUCACGGUCUCAUGACGUGGUACAGAGGCGACUUGCUGCUCAUGGCUAAGGAGCUAGGGUACCGGUUACUGCCAGCAUUUAAUACAACCACAGGUGUGCCGCAUCCUAGGAUAAAUUUACGGUUAGGCCUGAAGUCACCCAAGUUGGGACAAGUGCACGAGACAUGCACAGCAUGUGCUGGCACAAUGAUUUUAGAGUUUGCUGCUCUUAGCAGGCUGACUGGGGAGCCUAUUUUUGAGGCAAAGGCACGAGCUGCUAUGGACUACUUGUGGCAGCAGCGCCACAGGUCAAGUGAUCUCAUGGGCACUGUCCUCAAUAUUCACAAUGGGGACUGGAUACGCAGAGAUAGUGGCGUUGGAGCUGGCAUCGACUCUUACUAUGAAUAUUGCCUCAAAGCUUACAUACUUCUCGGGGAUGAUCUUUAUCUUGAGAGGUUUAACAAGCACUACACUGCUGUGAUGAAGUAUGUCAGCCAGGGCCCCAUGCUUGUUGAUGUGCACAUGCAUCGGCCCAAUACCAACUCCAGAAAUUUCAUGGAUGCCUUGCUGGCCUUUUGGCCGGGACUGCAGGUACUCAAGGGUGACAUAAAGCCAGCCAUAGAAACGCAUGAGAUGCUUUACCAAGUAAUGCAGCUUCACAAUUUUCUUCCAGAGGCAUUUACAACUGACUUCCAAGUACACUGGGGCCAACAUCCACUGAGACCAGAAUUUGUUGAAAGCACCUAUUUCCUCUUCAAGGCAACAGGGGAUCCCUACUACCUUGAAGCUGGCCGUAAAGUGGUGGAAUCAUUGCAGAAGCAUGCAAGAGUGCCCUGUGGAUUUGCCGCUGUCAAGGAUGUUCGUACUGGAACACAUGAGGACAGGAUGGACUCAUUUGUGCUAGCGGAGACACUCAAGUACCUGUACCUGUUGUUCGCCUCACCAGAGGAUCUGCCCCUAGACUUGGACCAUUUUGUCUUCACCACUGAGGCCCAUCUUCUCCCACUCAGCUUAGCACGCAUAAAUCGGACUCACUUCGACAUGAUGCAGUCACCGCGAAUGAUCUUCUACGCCCCGGAGGAGGAAUUCUCACAUAGCUGUCCCAACACACACUUCCUCUUCCCCAAGAGCAACUACGCACACAGUGUGCGACAACCUCUCAAAAACUUGGUUGGAGGUGCCUGUCCAACAGUGGCCUCCAGUACUAGGAGGCUCCAUGCAUCACAAUUUGAGGCCAACAAGAAGGAGCACCUGAACUUGGUCAAGAAAAUGGGCGUAUUUGUGACACUUAUGUCUGACGGCCGUAUUCAACUCAUCCACAACGCCGCGCAGGCCGAGAGCCCUGAAGAUGCUCAGGAGGGCCUGCUGUUCAUGCAAGAGAUGAUAGAAUUGGCAAAGCAUCAGAACCAACAAGAACAGCAUGUACGGUCUGUGACAUUCACAUUGCCUUCUACAAAGACGCAUAUGGUUCUGCAAGCGGGGCCUGCUCAGUUUGGAAAGGACCUUGGGAAGCCAGCUAAUGAAGUUCGUGCUCCACUUGUGCUGCUUGACCCUCUGCGUGGCUGUGGAGAGUUGCGCAACAGCCACGAUAUUAAGGGCAAGAUUGUCAUCAUGGAGCGUGGCGAGUGCAUGUUUGUUGAGAAAGCAAGAAAAAUCCAAGCUUUUGGGGCCAUUGGAGGCAUAGUCUUAGAUAACCAGGCAGGUACCAAUGCCCGGCAGUCACCAGUGUUUGCCAUGUCCGGCGAUGGCACAGAUGAUGUCACUAUACCGCUUGUGUUCCUCUUCACUGAAGAUGGUCAACUGCUGCUUGAUGCAUUCAAAGAGCACCCUAACCUUGUGGUAACCUUGUCAGACCUCAGCAUCAUCUCGUCCUCAUCACCCAACACCGAGGGUGAACCUGCUGAAGAAGCAGCCAAUCAAACAUCAGGUGUACCUAAAAAAAGCAAGACCUCUGCAGAAGCUGAACUACUACGGAAGGUGCAAAUCUUGCGUCGUUUGGAUGCACUGGGUCGGCUGCACGGUGAGACAAAUGAGCUGCUAGAGAAAGAAGCCACCAUCCGUCGUAUGCUGGGAAAGUUGCUUAGCCAACACAAGUUGUUUGAGAUGGAUAUUCGCAGCCUUCUGGAGCAUCUAGAAGACUUCACCGCAGAAGCCAGGACAAGGCAUUCUAGUGCCGAUGGUCUGUGCACAUCACCUCUUGUGCCUGCAACAUCGUCAGAUAACCCACUUUUCAGUGCAGAGGCCUUUGUCGCAUUCAUCAUGAAACACCAUUGUGAAUUUACUGCUACAGAAGAGGCAUCUCGAUGACCAUGGGAACUCGCUUACUCAAACAAUCCUGCCAAGAAGUGCAUUUCUUUUUGUCCUGCCAGUGCUGCUCCCACCUCCUGCUGCUUCAUUGUGGGUAACUGGAGUACACUCCAAUGGAUCCCAUGGAGAUUUAGGAGUUGGCAGUGUCGUGGUAGUUUUUACUAUGAUCGUAAAAGCUUCUGAUCAUUGCGCAGCUCUUGGUUGUGGCCUAGUGAGCUCCGGAGAACCAUCUAUGCGUACAUUUUACACAAAAAUAUUUUGGACUGCAAUGUUGUGGUGCCCUCCAAAAAUUGCCUAAUCCUAGACUGAUGCUGCAUCGGAUAAUUAGUUGAACCAACUUUUAUAGCCAUGUGCCAUAUCUGUGAACUGUCCAGAUUUUUUUCAUGAAGUUUAGCUGUUUAGGCUAGUUAGAUAAUUAUACAAUUAUUGUGAUAAUUUGGACUAAGUCAGAGUUGCACAUUAGUUAAACUUGCCAGGUAGUAAAUUGUCAGUGAAAAUAUUGAAGUGACCAAGAAGUUAUGUACAAGUG